AUGGAAAAACAUUACCUUAUUGCUGUUCUUAUUCUUGUUCCGUGUUUGCUGUUACGCGUUAGAUGCGCUACAGCCCAGGUUGGGUACAGCGGAAAGGAGAAGGAUGCUCUUACUGCCCUCAAGACUAGUUUCAAUCAUCCCUUCCUGAAUGCUAACUGGACGGCUGAUCCAUGCUUCAUGAGUCAGCCUUCCAUGUGGUCUGGAAUUCAAUGCACUAAUUUCGGUAACAUCGGCCGCGUUACUGGAAUUGUGUUGUGCAGUAUGGAACUCAGAAGCAACAUCAAGCUCGACGCGUUCAUGGACUUCACUGAGUUGGCAACCCUGAGCUUAAAGAACAACUCUCUAUGGGGAAACAUGAUGGACUUUAGUCUCAACCUGAAAUUGACGCAUAUUGAUAUGUCCGGCAACAUAUUACAUGGGGAAAUUUCACUCUCGCUUUUGAGUCUUGGGAUGUUGGAGUCGUUGCUGCUUCAAGAUAAUGACUUCGAGGGUCCUAUUCCGGAAUUUAACCAAUUGACCUUAAAGGCAUUCAACGUCUCGAAUAACAAUCUUAGCGGAUUGAUCCCAGCAACUCAUGCUCUCCAAGCAUUUGGCUAUGAUUCUUUUUCUGGUAACGCAGGAUUGUGCGGGCCGCCUUCUUCCAUUUUAUGCAAAUCUUCUAGCACUGUUCGUGGAAUUGACAACCUAGCAUCUGGUCAAGUUGGUAAACCUAGUUCUUCCAAGUCCGAGGAUAAGUUAAGCAUGUACUGGUUCCUUUUGGAUGUUGCUGCUCUUGUAGCUGUAAUUUUUCUUUUCCUUCUUUACUGUAAGAAAUCACAGAAGCUAAAAAAGAUGAUGAAACAAUUGGAGAAGACUAAAUCGGCAUCACCGAAUCAGGACGAAAAAGGUGAGGUUGGUGAUGAUAAAGACAAGAGGAUAGAAGAAGGCCGUCAAGAUCAGACAAUGAAAGCUGCCGAGGUUAAAGGACAGGAUCAACACACGAGAGGGAAGCUGGAAUUCAUUCAGCCCCACGGAGCAGAUGAUCAUCAAAUAUUUGAAAUGGGAGAUCUUCUAAAAGCAUCCGCGGAGAGUUUAGGGAAUGGCAUCUUUGGGAAUAGCUAUAAGGCGGAGAUAGUGACGAUGAAUAACGUGGCAGGCAAUCAAAUUAAGCAAUCCGUGGUAGUUAAGCGGCUAAGGGAUCUGAAGCCACUGGUUAGUGAAGAUUUCACAAAGCAGUUGCAGCAGAUUGCCAGUCUGAAGCACCCCAAUUUGCUGCCUCUUCUUGCUUACUACUUCUCCAAGGAUGAGAAGUUGUUGUUGUACAAAUACAUUCGCCAAGGGAAUUUAUUCAACCGAUUGUUUGGAAAAAGAGGUCCAGACCGCAUUCCAUUUGGAUGGAGGUCAAGACUAAUAGUUGCUCGAGGUGUAGCCCGAGCAAUCGAGUAUCUCCACAGGAAUGCGACCUCAUCAAUACAAAGCGGCAGCAGCAGCAGCAGCAGUAGCACUAGCACCGCUCCUCACGGGAACUUAAAGUCGACGAACGUUCUUCUGGAUGAUAAUGAUGGGGUUCUUGUUUCUGAUUAUGGUUUUGCUUCGGUUGUUGCGAUUCCAGUUGCAACACAGCGCAUGGUCAUAUACAAAUCGCCGGAGUACCAAAAGUCCAAGAAAGUCUCGAAGGCAUCUGAUGUUUGGAGCUACGGCAGCCUUGUUUUAGAGCUCUUGACAGGAAAGUUCUCAGCUUGCACAGCCCAACCGGGCGUGAAUGGUAUAGACCUCUGCGGUUGGGUUCACCGAGCAGUUAGGGAGGAAUGGACGGCUGAGAUAUUCGAUAUGGAAAUAACUAUGCACAGAAGAGCCAGUAGUGAUAUGGUUAGACUGCUAAAAAUUGCAAUGCGUUGCUGUGAUCCGUCCCCUGAGAAGCGACCAGGGAUGGAUGAAAUUGUGAGAGAGCUGGAGAAUAUAAGGGUUACUGAAUCAGAAAUCGAUGAAGAUGAAAGCUCGUCUUUGGAUCAAUCCUUAACAGAUGAGUCCGUAUCAGCCACUGCCCUUCCUGCAAGAUAUAAGUAG